AAGUCAGAUGACUGCGUCAGAAGAUGUGAAUGUGCUGUAAGACUCUUAUACCUGCUGCCAAAUUGCUUUCUGGAGUUUCCACUUGAAAGUAUUUCCGGACACUGUGUCUUCUGUCCUCUCUUCACUCAUAUCAUGUUUUGUCUGUCUCUUCUGCCCUGAAUCCAUGCUCCAAGGCCUGCAACUAACACUUUCUCUAUCUAGAACUGUGUGUCCAAGGCCUGUUCACCCUCCUCCCUGUUCUCUUCUCCUUGCUCUCCUCCCAUCCUGGGGGCUGUUUACUACAGAGCAGAACUACCCACAGCAGGAGACUGACUGGCGGGAGGGCCGGAUCUGUCUUGGGAGGUGUGGGGGCCGAGGGGGAGAUGGCUCCUGACCUGAGCGCCCUGCCUGUUGAAGGAAGGAUUCCCGAUGCCUGGCUGCCUGGACUCUGGCAAUGCCCAGAAGAUUCUCACCUGGGACCCCUGACCUGCACUAAGGACAGGGCCCAGGUGUGUAUUUCUUAGGGUGGUUUCCCGGCACCAAAUGCGCCGCUUUGGGAUGUCAGCAUUGUCCUGCGAGAGCAGCAGCCACACAGAUGCCUGCCCCCCAUCCCCGCCGUGCGACACUGGUGGGCACUGCCCGCAGUGGUCGGAGGACUUGUCCCUGCUACUCACAGGUUGUGGUGGUGCCCUGACCCAUUUCAUCGACCUUGGCCUGCUCCGGGCAGUGUCCUCCGAAUUGUGGGCCAAACAGCUCACUCUAGCUGCUUCUGACAGACCUUACAAUUAGGAGCAUCGCCAGCACCAGUUCAAAGUUGUCUUGCCUUUGGUGGUGGCUUUGCUUUCUGCCAGGGUAUCUCUACCAUAUUUUGGGGGGAUGCUGUUUUAGAUAAGUGGUUUCUUUACAUUAUAGUUGAUUGGGUUUGUUCCUCUAACUUGACUUGUAAGCUCACUGAAGUCCGGAACCUUUUAAAAAAGUUGAGGUGCAGUUUACAGUUCUAUGAAUUUGGACAGACACACUCAUUCUUGUAACCAUCAUCGCAAAUCGAAUGUACAAAAUGUCUUGUCAAUUCAGUGGCCAGCAGUCAGUGGUCCUUGUGUCUGGCCGUGCUCCUUGGCGUCCUCGUGGUGUGGGUGUGUCUGUAGCUCAGCCUUUAUGCGGCUGAGGCGGCUCCAUUGUGUGGCUCUUCAGGUGCCUUACCUCUUCGGCAGGUGAAGGAGAACAUUAAGUUGGAUAAAAGAGGAGGGCGAUCAUGCACCAUGGCAGCGGCCCUCAGAAUGUCCAGCACCAGCUGCAGAGGUCAAGGGCCUUCGCCGGCAGUGAAGAAGAGCAGCAGGCCCACCCCAACCCCCCCCAGUCCCCCGCCACACCCUUUGCCCCGGCAGUGAGUCCGUCUGCACCCCAGUCCCCCGGUUACCAAGUUUCACAGCUGAUGAAUCGGAGUCCUGUGGCCGGGCAGAACGUGAAUAUCGCCCUUCAGAAUGUGGGGCCAGUGGUGGGCGGAAACCCCCAGAUCACGCUGGCCCCCCUGCCUCUGCCCAGCCCCACUUCUCCAGGAUUCCAGUUCAGCACGCAGCAGAGGCGGUUUGAGCACGGGUCUCCGUCGUACAUACAGGUCACCUCGCCGCUGUCGCAGCAGGUGCAGACUCAGAGCCCCACCCAGCCCAGCCCCGGGCCAGGGCCGGGCCUGCAGAGCGUGCGGGCAGGUGCCCCCGGCCCCGGCCUGGGCCUCUGCAGCAGCAGUCCCACCGGGGGCUUCGUGGAUGCCAGCGUGCUGGUGAGGCAGAUCAGCCUGAGCCCGUCCAGCGGCGGCCACUUCGUGUUCCAGGAGGGCUCGGGCCUGGCGCAGAUGGCCCCGGGCACUCAGGUUCAGCUGCAGCACGCGGGGGCGCCCAUCACCGUCAGCAGAGAACGGAGACUCUCGCAGCCCCACGCGCAGUCUGGGGGUACCGUCCACCACCUGGGGCCUCAGAGCCCCGCAGCCGCGGGCGGGGCGGGCCUGCAGCCUUUGUCCAGCCCCGGCCACAUCACCACGACGAGCUUGCCGCCCCAGAUCAGCAGCAUCAUCCAGGGGCAGCUGAUCCAGCAGCAGCAGGUGCUGCAGGGCCCACCACUGACCAGACCUCUGCUCCCCGGGGUUGGGGUCGGGGUCGGGGGGACUUCGGCGUUUGGGAUGACGUCCCCACCGCCCCCCACCAGCCCUUCCAGGACCGCAGUGCCCCCGGGCCUCUCCAGCCUUCCCCUCUCGUCUGCGGGGAGCACAGGUGUGAGGAAGGCUCCCAGAAAGUUGGAGGAGAUCCCCCCGGCCUCCCAGGAGCUGGCUCAGAUGAGGAAGCAGUGCCUGGACUAUCACUACAGGGAGAUGGAGGCGCUGAAGGAGGCCUUCAAGGAGUACUUGAUCGAACUGUUCUUCCUGCAACACCUUCAAGGGAACAUGAUGGAUUUCUUAGCGUUUAAGAAGAAACAUUAUGCCCCUUUACAAGCUUAUCUUAGGCAGAAUGAUUUGGACCUUGAAGAAGAGGAGGAGGAGGAGGAGGAGGAGGAAGAAGAGAAGUCUGAGGUUAUCAAUGAUGAGGUAAAGGUUGUGACAGGAAAGGAUGGGCAGACUGGUACUCCUGUUGCUAUAGCAACCCAGCUUCCUCCAAAUGUUUCUGCUGCUUUUUCAUCCCAGCAGCAACCAUUUCAGCAGCAAGCCCUUGCAGGGACCCUGGUGGCAGCAGCUGGAAGUGCAAUCGAAACGGAUCCCUUUAAGAGACAGCAGGCGGGAGCCCCGGCAGAGCAGUCUAAGAGACCUCGACUUGAAGUGGGUCACCAAGGGGUAGUUUUCCAGCACCCAGGGGUGAAUACAGGAGUUCCUCUCCAGCAGUUAAUGCCGACAGUUCAAGGAGGAAUGCCUCCUGCCCCGCAGGCCGCCCAGCUCGCCGGCCAGAAGCAGAGCCAGCAGCAGUACGACCCCUCUACUGGGCCCCCGGUGCAGAACGCCGCCAGCCUGCACACGCCUCCGCCGCAGCUGCCCAGCAGGCUGCCCCAGGCCGGCCUCCCCGCCGCACCACUGCCCCCCGCGCUGCAGUUCCCCCCACAGCCGCAGAUGGCGGAGCCCCAGACCCAGCUCCCAGUCCCCGUGAAGACGCAGCCGCCCAACGCUCCGGCCCCCGCGCCCCCGCCCGGCCCACUCCCCACCGCUCCCCCACAGCCCACGCCACCCACCCUCCACAUCCCGAUGCCCGGGAAGGCGCAGAUGCAGGCCCCUCCACUCCCGGCCCAGCCACAGACGGUGGCACCGACCAGACCGCCCGUGGACCCCACCCAGUCCUGCUUGCGGCCCCCGCCCUCCACCUCCACUACCUCGACUGUUGCCCCCGCCAGUGGCUCAGGCCUGGGACCUUCACCUGCACGCGCCUCCCCGGUGAAUAGACCCUCCUUGGCAACCAACAAGUCACUGUCUCCAGUCACUUCCCGCGCCCCAGGGGCAGCUGUGUCAGUGCCCCCAAAACCACAGAGCCCAGCUCAGAAUGCUGCCCCGCCCCAGGACAGUUCUCAGGAUAAGCUGGCAGAACAAAUAGCCUUGGAAAACCAGAUCCAUCAGCGCAUAGCGGAUUUAAGGAAGGAAGGCCUGUGGUCCCUCCGCCGGCUGCCCAAACUUCAGGAGGCCCCACGGCCCAAAUCGCACUGGGACUACCUGCUGGAGGAGAUGCAGUGGAUGGCCACGGACUUCGCCCAGGAGAGGAGGUGGAAGGUGGCCGCUGCUAAGAAGCUUGUCAGAACUGUAGCUCGUCAUCAUGAAGAGAAGAAGCUUCGGGAGGAAAGGGGGAAGAAAGAAGAACAGAACCGACUGAGGCGAAUAGCUGCGUCCACUGCUAGAGAAAUAGAGUACUUUUGGUCAAAUAUUGAACAGGUCGUGGAAAUAAAACUACAAGUAGAAUUAGAAGAAAAAAGGAAAAAGGCUUUAAAUUUACAGAAAGUUUCCCGGAAAGGAAAAGAGUUGAGACCUAAGGGACUUGAUGUACUACCGGAAAACUUUCUGGAUUCGGGAAUAUCUGGAAGAAAAAGAAAAGCGAGCACAUCUUUAACCGAUGACGAAGUGGAAGAUGAGGAGGAGACGAUUGAAGAGGAAGAAGCGAAUGAAGGGGUCGUGGAUCACCAAACAGAGCUGUCUAAUCUAGCCAAAGAAGCUGAAUUACCGUUGAUCGAUUUGAUGAAGUUGUAUGAAGGUGCCUUUCUGCCAAAUUUCCAGUGGCCCCAACCUAAGCCUGACAGUGAGGAGACAAGUGAAGAAGAAGACAUGGAAGACUGCCCAGGGGACCGGGAGAGCCGGAAGGAUGUGGUUCUCAUCGACUCGCUCUUCAUCAUGGACCAGUUUAAAGCUGCAGAGAGAGUGAUUGUCGGGAAACCUCAUACCAGGGACAUCGCGGAAGUGACCGCUGUGGCCGAAGCCAUCCUGCCCAAGGGCAGCGCUCGGAUCAGCACUGCGGUGAAGUUGAACACCCCGGCCCUGCUGUAUGGCGCCCUCAGGGAUUACCAGAAGAUCGGCCUGGACUGGCUGGCCAAACUCUACCGCAAGAAUCUCAAUGGCAUAUUGGCAGAUGAAGCUGGGCUUGGGAAAACAGUGCAGAUCAUUGCCUUUUUUGCUCACCUAGCCUGUAACGAAGGCAACUGGGGCCCUCACCUUGUCGUUGUGAGGAGCUGCAACAUACUCAAGUGGGAGCUUGAGUUGAAGCGUUGGUGUCCGGGGCUCAAAACGCUCUUGUAUGUUGGCAGCCAUAGAGAACUCAAGGCAAAGAGACAGGAGUGGACGGAGCCCAACAGCUUCAACAUCUGCAUCACAUCCUACAAGCAGUUCUUCAAGGGCUUCGCGUCCUUCACGCGGGUGCGCUGGAAGUGCCUGGUCAUCGAUGAGAUGCAGCGCGUGAAGGGCAUGACCGAGAGGCACUGGGAGGCCGUGUUCACCCUGCAGAGCCAGCAGCGCCUGCUCCUCAUCGACGCGCCCCUGCACAACACCUUCCUGGAGCUGUGGACCAUGGUGCACUUCCUCAUCCCCGGCAUCUCCAGGCCCUACCUGCACUUCCCCCUGAAGGCCCCCAACGAGGAGAACCAGGACUACUACCACAAAGUGGUCAUCCGGCUGCACCGGGUGACACAGCCCUUCAUUUUGCGGAGAACUAAGAGAGACGUAGAGAAGCAGCUGACGAAGAAAUAUGAGCAUGUCCUCAAGUGCCGCCUCUCCAAUCGACAGAAGGCCUUGUACGAGGAUGUCAUCCUGCAGCCUGGGACCCAGGAAGCACUGAAGAGCGGGCACUUUGUGGACGUGCUGAGCAUCCUCCUGAGGCUACAGCGGAUCUGCAACCACCCUGGGCUGGUGGCACCCCGGCUCCCGGAGUCCUCCUACACGGCAGGGCCGCUGCAGUACCGCUCCGCCUCGCUCGUCCUGAAGGCGCUUGACAGAGACUUCUGGAAGGAAACGGACCUUUCUAUUUUUGAUCUUCUUGGCUUGGAAAAUAAAAUGACUCGCCAUGAGGCAGAACUGCUGGGUAAGAAGAAGGUGACACGGAAACUCUUUGAGGAGCUGUUCACUGCGCCGCCGCCGUCAAGCAGGCCGGCGGCCGUCAGACUGAAGCCCAGCAGGUUGUUCCAGCCUGUGCAGUAUGGCCAGAAGCCUGAGGGCCGCACCGUGGCUUUCCCCAACACACACCCACCCCGGACGGCCACCCCUGCCACAGCCACGGCCACGCCACAGGGCCACGUUCGAGGACGGCCACCCAUUGCCACAUUCUCUGCAAAUCCGGAUGCAAAAGCGGCAGCAGCCCCGUUUCAGACCUCUCAGGCCUCCACCGGUGCUCCGAGACACCAGCCUACCUCGACCUUCAGCACAGCACCUAGCCCAGCCCAUCCUGCGAAACUGCGGGCUCAGACCACUGUCCCAGCCUCCGCCCCGGGCCCACCCCAGCCCCAGCCCCAGGCCCCCUCGCACCCGGCCGGGCAGAGCGCGCUGCCGCAGGGGCUGGUGCUCACCUCGCAGGCCCAGGCGCGCCUGCCGAGUGGGGAAGUGGUCAAAAUAGCCCAACUGGCUUCCCUCGCAGGCCCACCGAGCCGAGUCGCCCAGCCAGAGACCCCCGUGACACUGCAGUUCCAAGGCAACAAGUUCACCUUGUCACACAGCCAGCUCCGGCAGCUCACGGCCGGCCAGCCCCUACAGCUCCAAGGCAGUGUGCUCCAGAUUGUGUCAGCGCCUGGGCAGUCCUACCUGCGCCCUCCUGGCCCCGUGGUGAUGCAGACUGUGUCUCAGGCGGGUGCCCUGAAUGCCCUGGGAAGCAAGCCUCCAGCCAGUGGCCCAAGCCCCACGCCUGUGACCCCGCCAGUGGGUGUGCCUGGUCGAGUGGCAGUCAGUCCCCUGGCCGCAGGAGAAACCGGAGCGGCCUCCAAACCAGCUUCUCCUGUCGCUGGCCCCACCCAGGAGGAGAAGAGCAGACUUCUGAAAGAGCGGCUGGACCAGAUUUACUUCGUCAACGAACGGCGCUGCUCCCGCUCCCCAAUCUACGGCAGAGACUUGUUGGGGGUUUGUUCCUUGCCUGGCAGAGAGCAGGUGCCUUGGUUCCGGGCUUCUGACCGUGGUCACGGGAAGGGGGCUGGGCCUGCAAGCAGGCACACAUCGCCCUUGAAAAGUCACAGGGACCUGAUUUUGACGCUGACUCAACGUCAAGAAUCCCUCCAGGAUGUCAUCGACAGGGUGGUGUGCGUGAUCCCUCCGGUGGUGGCCGCGCCCCCGCACUUGUGGGUGGCGCGGCCACCCUCCCUCUACAGCCACAGGAUGCGGCUCUUCCGGCACUGCCUGCGGGAGCACACCGCGCCCUACGCACAGCAGCUGCAGCGGAUGACAGCUCUGCACUCGCUGCGGUUCCCCGAGCUGAGGCUGGUCCAGUUUGACUCAGGAAAGCUGGAGGCCUUAGCCAUCUUACUUCAGAAGCUGAAGUCUGAAGGACGCCGAGUGCUGAUCUUAUCACAGAUGGUUCUCAUGUUGGACAUCUUAGAAAUGUUCUUGAAUUUCCAUUAUCUCACCUACAUAAGAAUUGAUGAAAACGCCAACAGUGAACAACGGCAGGAACUGAUGAGGAGUUUCAACCGAGACCGGCGCAUCUUCUGUGCCCUCCUCUCCACACACAGCCGCGCCACGGGUGUAAGCCUGGUGGAGGCGGAUGCGGUGGUCUUCUACGAUCACGACCUCAACCCUGUGAUGGACGCCAAGGCCCAGGAGUGGUGUGACCGGAUAGGGCGGCGCAAGGACGUGCACAUAUACAGGCUCGUGAGUGGAAAUUCCAUUGAAGAGAAGUUGUUGAAAAAUGGCACCAAAGAUCUGAUCCGAGAAGUGGCUGCUCAGGGAAACGACUACUCCAUGGCGUUCCUCACGCAGCGGACGAUCCAGGAGCUGUUUGAGGUUUAUCCACCCAUGGAUGAUACUGGCUUCCCAGUGAAGGCCGAGGAGUUUGUCGUCCUUUCUCAGGAACCUUCUGUUACAGAAACCAUCGCACCCAAAAUUGCAAGACCUUUCAUAGAGGCCCUCAAGAGCAUCGAGUACCUGGAGGGGGAGGAUGCCCAGAAGCCGGCUGAGGAGGCCGUGCCCGGGUCGCCUGACUCCAGUGGUUCCAGGUGGGACGAGGAGCCCUCGCAGCUGGAGGAGUUAGCGGACUUCAUGGGGCAGCUCACACCAAUUGAAAAAUAUGCUUUGAAUUACCUGGAAUUAUUCCAUACUUCCAUUGAUCAAGAAAAGGAGAGAAGUAGUGAGGGUGCCGUGAUGACCGCUGUGCGUGAGUGGGAGGCCCGGAAUGCGCAGAGCCUGCGGGAGCAGGAGGCCAGGGCGCGGCUGGAGCAGGAGCAGGAGCAGCUCCUCACCUACACCCGGGAGGACGCCUACAGCGCGGAGUUUGUGUGUGAGGGUGCCGACGGGCAGACAGAGGUCAUGCCGCUCUGGACGCCACCCACACCCCCCCAGGACGACAACGACAUCUACAUCGACUCGGUCAUGUGUCUCAUGUAUGAAACCACACCCAUCCCCGAGUCCAAGCUACCGCCCGUGUACGUGAGAAAGGAGCGCCGCCGACACAAGACGGACCCCUCAGCCGCAGGCAGGAAGAAGAAGCAGAGGCACGGGGAGGCCGUGGUGCCCCCACGGUCACUGUUUGACCGCACGACCCCCGGCAUGUUGAAGAUCCGCCGGGAGGGCAAGGAGCAGAAGAAGAACAUUCUGCUGAAGCAGCAGACACAGUUUGCCAAACCUCUGCCGACUUUUGCCAAACCAACCACUGAGUCCGGACCUGACAACCCCGAGUGGCUCAUCAGCGAGGACUGGGCUCUGCUGCAGGCCGUGAAGCAGCUGCUUGAGCUGCCUUUGAACCUCACAAUCGUGUCCCCGGCCCACACGCCCAACUGGGACCUGGUCAGCGACGUUGUCAACUCCUGCAGCCGCAUCUACCGCUCCUCCAAGCAGUGCCGGAACCGCUAUGAGAAUGUGCUCAUCCCCAGGGAGGAGGGCAAGAGUAAGAACAACCGUCCUCUGCGCACAGGCCAGAUGUACGCCCAGGAUGAGAAUGCCACACACACCCAGCUGUACACGAGUCACUUUGACCUGAUGAAGAUGACCGCCGGGAAAAGGAGCCCCCCCAUCAAGCCCCUGCUUGGCAUGAAUCCCUUUCAGAAAAACCCCAAGCAUGCUUCUGUAUUGGCGGAAAGUGGCAUCAACUACGACAAACCCCUGCCUCCUAUUCAGGUCGCGUCCCUCCGGGCAGAGCGCAUUGCCAAGGAGAAAAAGGCGCUGGCCGACCAGCAGAAGGCACAGCAGCCACCUGUGACACAGCCCCCACCACCCCCGCCUCAGCCGCAGCCCCCACCGCCCCAGCAGCCGCCUCCACCUCUGCCCCAGCCCUCAGCAUCAGGCAGCCAGCAGCCCGCGGGGCCACCUGCCGUCCAGCCCCAGGCUCAGGCACAGCCCCCUGCACAGCCCGCGCCACCCCCACCAAAGGCGCCCCCUGCGAUCACGACAGUGGGCAGUGCCGCAGUGCUGCAGGCAGGAGCCAUCAAAACGUCCGUCACAGGGACGAGCAUGCCCACGGGCACUGUGAGUGGAAAUGUGAUCGUGAACACCAUCGCUGGCGUCCCCGCUGCCACCUUCCAGUCCAUUAACAAGCGUCUGGCUUCGCCCGUGGCUCCUGGAGCCUUAACCACCUCAGGAGGCUCUGCUCCUGCCCAGGUGGUCCACACCCAGCCUCGAGCAGUUGGUUCCCCAGCCACGGCCACAUCUGACCUGGUGUCCCUGGCACCGACUCAGGGUGUUCGAGCGGUCACCUCAGUGACGGCCUCAGCUGUGGUCACUACCAGCCUGACCCCCGUGCAGACCCCGACCCGGUCUUUGGUGACUCAGGUGUCCCAAGCCACAGGGGUCCAGCUCCCGGGGAAAACCAUCACGCCCGCACACUUCCAGCUCCUUCGGCAGCAGCAGCAGCAGCAGCAACAGCAGCAGCAGCAGCAGCAGCAACAGCAGCAACAGGCCUCUCAGGUGCAGGUCCCGCAGAUCCAAGGCCAGGCCCAGUCACCGGCACAGAUCAAGGCUGUGGGCAAGCUGACACCGGAACACCUGAUCAAAAUGCAGAAGCAGAAACUGCAGCUGCCCCAGCAGGCGCCCCCAGCACAGGCCCCAGCGGGGCCCCCGCAGCCAACGGCUCAAGUGCAGGUGCAGCCCCCGCAGCCCACGCAGCAGCAGAGCCCCCAGCUCACCACGGUCACGGCCCCGAGGCCCGGCGCCCUGCUCACGGGCACCACCGUGGCCAACCUCCAGGUGGCCCGGCUCACCCGGGUCCCCACUUCACAGCUGCAGGCGCAAGGGCAGAUGCAGGCCCCAGCUCCCCAGCCAGCCCAGGUGGCGCUGGCGAAGCCCCCGGUGGUGUCAGUGCCAGCAGCUGUGGUCUCCUCGCCGGGCGUCACGACCCUGCCCAUGAACGUUGCUGGGAUCAGUGUGGCCAUCGGGCAGCCGCAGAAAGCCGCAGGACAGACUGUCGUGGCCCAGCCUGUGCACGUCCAGCAGCUGCUGAAGCUCAAGCAGCAAGCCGUCCAGCAGCAGAAGGCCAUCCAGCCGCAGGCUGCCCCAGGCCCUGCCGCUGUCCAGCAGAAGAUCACAGCACAGCAGAUUGCUGCUCAGGGCCAACCACAGAAGGUCACCUACGCCACCCAGCCAGCCCUUAAAACCCAGUUUCUCACCACACCCAUCUCCCAGGCCCAGAAACUGGCCGGGACCCAGCAGGUGCAGACCCAGAUCCAGGUUGCAAAAAUCCCUCAAGUCGUCCAACAGCAGACACCCGUGGCCAGCAUCCAGCAGGUCGCCUCUGCUUCCCAACAGGCUUCCCCACAGACUGUGACUCUCACCCAGGCGACAGCUGCUGGGCAGCAGGUCCAGAUGAUCCCUGCAGUGACGGCGACAGCACAGGUUGUGCAGCAGAAGCUCAUGCAGCAGCAAGUGGUGACCACAGCAGCCGCCCAGCUGCAGACCCCUGGCGUCCCCACCCCUGCCCAGGUGCCAGCCACCUCCGACAGCCCGAACCAGCAGCCCAAGCUCCAGAUGAGGGUCCCUGCCGUCAGGUUAAAGACGCCCACCAAACCUCCGUGCCCCUAGUUGGGACAGAGGGGCAGCCCCAGGCAGGCUACCUGUGCGUUCCACCAUCCCACCAAGACGGGAUGGACUUUAUUUACUGAACCCUGGGACUGGGUCCUGUGGGAUGUUCAGCACCUGGAGCAGCAAUCCUCAGCGAACACCCUUUCUGUGUUACGUGACUGAUCGAAAAGUGACAGUGGCAGUUUUUCCUAGAUGUUUGACCUUUAAUUUCUCCUCCAGAGCAAUAGUGCUGGGUCUUGAAAGCCAGCUAGAAUUUCUCUGUUAGUGUACAGUGUUUUGCACGUUGCAAGCAGCCAUUUGGAAGGUGCAGUGAGUCAUAAAGUAGACCAUACGAAGCUAAAAUGUGGUCUGACAGCAUCUGCCUCUGUUUGGUUCUUUAUUCCUAUUUGAAAACACAGUAUGGGAGGAGAAAAACUGUCUAACAUCUAAGGUAGGUCAUCUCAGAGAAAACCAGUGUGGUUUUUCCCCUCCCUCCUAAAAUGUGACUUGUUUGGACCCUUAAAGGAGAGGCUUAGUACUGAUACACAUCGAAGCACAUUUAUAACGUGUCCCCAGCUGGUGUUGAACAGAAGUGACCUGAGGUUGAAUUUUCAUUCCAAAGAGCACUGGUGUGGCUUCCCCUAGAGUGACCAGUUUCCAUGUAAACGGAACCUUUGGGACUGCUCCCAUCCCAGUACAUCCACAGUAUUUUCCCAGGUUUUGGAUAAACUUGUAAUUGGACUUAGAGUAUUGAGGCAGCUCCCGAAGACUUUGUGAGGCUCCCAUCUGGGAGUGGUUCAGGGCCCAGAGUGCUGUGCAAGGGUCGUCACACUGCAGAGUGCACUGCUGAGUGCAGGGUGGGGCCAGAUGCCCACUGAGGGCAGGCAGCCUGCAUCGCCCCUUUGCUUUCAGGCCCAGCCCAGGCGUGACCUGCGGAGGUGAGAAGUCUCUGUACAGGUGGUGUGUUUAUGUACCUACAAGUAUAAUCUACAGAAAUGGAUGUGGUGGCAUCUUCAUACUAGACUUGUCAUGAUGUCUCAUCUGUGAGUAGAUUGGCUGCUUGGGUUUCUGCCUAAAGCAGGGAGCUGUCCAAGCUCUUUGGCGUGGCAGCCCCAUGGUUGAGGGGCAGAGAGGCGGCCCUGUGUUUGCUGCUUUUAGGUGUUGUUUUUUUUUUUCCCACUAUGGCAACUGCAGUAGACUUGAUUGGGUGAUGAUGUCUGCUUACCUGGAAGUGUCCACCCAAGGAAAAGGCACACGUCUGAUGACACCCUCUCUGCUCUGUCUCCGCUGCAUAUUUUACAGUUUUGGUCCUGGAGAUCAGGUUGUGUGAGGUCUCUGUGUACUAAGGAAAAGUUUUAGCAUACCAAGAGAUUUUUCAUUUUAAUCAGUUUCCUCCCCCUUUAUAUCACUUUUUAUGACAAAAAGGGAAGUGUUCUGUCCUGAAUUUUUCUUAUUUCCCAUCAAUUGAUGUGGACAGCAGUAUGGCAAUUGAUACCUUAGUGAAACCAACUAAGCAGCUCAUUUUUGCCUUCUUGGCACGAAAUUUGGAAAAAAGUUAAAAUCAGGUGUUGAAAGUGGGAGGGAUUUAACAUUUCAAUAAAUUGAACAUACCAAAACAGAACACUGUAAUUUGCCUUCUGACUUGAUCAUUGUGCUUUGGUACCUGCUGUGAUGAGAGAGUACUGCGUGCAGGAAAUACUUCAUAGCUGAGUGCUGAGGAGAGUUUCUACAUUUUUUUAAAUCCUCAAAUGUGCAAAACUAAAAAGGAAUUCUCCUUUUCAGCUUAUUUUAAUUUGUGCAGCUGAUGGUUUUGUUCUUAUCUUUCAUGGAGUGUUGACGGUCUCUUUGUAGAUGGUGGUGAAAUGUUGAUUGUUUAGAAUAUCCUAGAAAUAGCUGCCUGAAUAGAAGUCCUCUAUUAAUCUAGAACACUAGAAGAAAAAUAGAAAAGUCUCUCAAAAGCCUUCUAAGAGAACAGAACUGGAGUCUGAAUAUUUGCAGUGUGGAACUCCUGCCCUGUCUUACCAUGUGAGUGAAAGAAGUUGUUUCCUUUGCAAUUUCCUGUCGCAAGAUAUGGGAGAGAAAAUAGUUUCAUUGGUAUCACUCAAUUUAGUAACAUCUAGAUGUCGCCACUGACCUCAUAGUCUUCAAUAGUGUCAUUUGUAGGUAAAAGUUCCAGUGUAUUGUUUUCUUGACCUUCUGUUUUAAAGGUCAAACUUUACAUAUUUAAGUGUGAGUUUAGGGUGGUGUUUUCCAGGUUUCCUCAGAUUGAUACUGUUGGCAGAAUCCCAUAUUACCUUGCAGAAUAGGGUCCUCACCCCCCACCCCCCCCAGCCCCAGUGCAGUGGUAAUGAUUGAAAGAAAUCUUCAGAACAUAAAACAUAAAGACAGCAGCCAAACACUGUCAAACUGGAAUUGGCCACCGUGGAAAUAUCAGUCACCCAGUUUUUCGUUGAUUCAGAGACAUUUGUUCUAGUGGGGGCCGGGUGGUGGUCAGAGGGUUGGGGGAAGCAGGAGACUGAAGUGAGCCUCCUCAGGCAGAGGCUUUCCCUUUUGCCACCUUCAGGAUUUUUUGUUAACUGUUGUGUCCAGAUAGUUGUUGUGUUUUAAAAUAUAAAGAAAGAAGACUGAAAUUGUAAAUACUUUGUAAACAUAAUCAUUUGUACUUGAAUAGUAGGGUUUUAAAGGGCACUGAUAUCCCACCAAACAAAAGGUAUAAUAAAUUGACCUUUUUAUAUG